AAGAAAAGGAGUUUCAUUUAUGAAUGGACGACUCUUACCCCUAGUCUGUGAUUUGUGCCAGUUUCAACUGCAAAAUUCUAACUAGCUGACCCGCUGCAAUGUUCUCAGAGUAUUCUUCUCAGCCACCAGUGAGUUCGCUACCGCCGUCACCAACAGCAGCAGCAGCAGAGAAACAUGGAGAAGAUAGUGUAGAAGAAGCAGGAGAGGUGGAUGGAAGAGGGACGUGGAAGCACGCGGCUUUCCAUGUCGCCACCACGAUUGCCACUCCUGCUGCUUACGCUCCCUUGCCCUUUGCUCUUGCCUCUCUCGGUUGGCCCCUCGGUGUGAGUAGUUUAGUGAGUGGAACAUUGGCAACUUGGUAUUCUAGUCUUCUGAUCGCAUCGUUAUGGAGAUGGAAUGGGAAGAAGCAAAUUACGUACAGAAAACUUGCAGGGAGCAUCUUUGGAUUCUGGGGUUAUUACUCUAUUGCAUUUUUUCAGCAGGUGGCAUCUUUGGGCAACAACAUUGCCAUUCAAAUUGCUGCUGGGAGCAGCCUUAAGGCAGUUUAUAAACACUUUAGCGAGGAUGGUGCCUUAACCUUGCAGCAUUUCAUUAUUUUCUUUGGAGCCUUUGAACUUGUUCUCUCUCAGCUUCCUGACAUCCACUCAUUGAGAUGGGUAAAUUCAUUGUGCACUUUAAGCACGAUUGGGUUUGCUGCUACAACCAUUGGUGUGUCAAUUUAUAAUGGAAAAAAGAUUGACAGAAACACAUCAAGUUACAGUUUGCAAGGGAGCUCUUCUCUUAAGAUCUUUAAAGCCUUUAAUGCUCUUGGUGUAGUUGCCUUUUCCUUUGGAGAUGCAAUGCUUCCAGAAAUACAAAACACUGUAAGAGAACCUGCAAGGAAGAAUAUGUAUAAAGGUGUAACGGCAGCAUACAGUAUCAUUAUCGUGUCUUACUGGAUAUUAGCCUUCUGUGGAUACUGGGCGUUUGGAUCAGAAGUCCAGGCUUACAUAGUAUCUUCUUUAAGUGUUCCUGAAUGGACAAUUGUCAUGGCCAAUCUCUUUGCUGUGAUUCAAAUAUCAGGAUGCUAUCAGAUAUAUUGCAGGCCAACAUAUGCCUACUUUGAGGAAAGAUUUCUGUCCAAUAAAGCUAAUAGAAAUGUUCCUCUGAGAAAACACUUCAUCCGUCUUACAUUCACCUCCAUUUACAUGGUUCUUAUUACUCUUAUUGCCUCCGCAAUGCCCUUUUUUGGGGAUUUUGUGUCCAUCUGUGGGGCAAUUGGGUUCACUCCACUGGACUUUGUCUUCCCUGCAAUAGCAUAUCUGAAAGCGGGUAGCAUGCCCAAGAACACCAAACUUCGCCAUUCAGUGCAGCUCCUUAAUAUUGCAAUAGCUACCUGGUUCUCAGCUGUUGCAGUGUUAGGUUGCAUUGGUGCUGUUAAGUUCAUCAUCAAAGAUAUCAAGACAUACAAAUUCUUUCAUGAUAUGUAAGUACUGUUUAUAAUAUAUUUAUUUUCCAACUGAUAUGCGAGUUUCCUAUUCAUAGCUUACACUGCAGACUGAACUUGAAACCAUAUCAAAAUGCUUUAAUUUCCAGUAUAGCUAAUGUGCGAAUAUAGCAUCUACUUGUUCAUUACU